CAAAAGUUGCUCUCAUAAUCUCAUCAGGAUCAUCUUUCAAUUCUCAAGUCUUGGUCUUUGUCUUCUACUGCUCUUGAGUGCUUCAAUUGCAGGCCACAUAUUAGUUGUGAGUUUGAAAUGAUUUGUGAGAUAAGAGAGCAUACUGCUAUAAACUAGUGUAAAAUGGUCUAGACAAAAGACUAUCACCUAUUCAAAAUGGCAGCUCUGCAUACCACCUUAUAUCAGUAACUAAGAAUAGUUAUGUUACUUUACUAGACUUUUUGUACUAAUCAGUUCGAAAACUGAAUAAAUCUAAAAAUUUAUAUAAUUUUUCUAUAUAUAAAGCCUAUACAAUCCUUCAUGGUUGGAAUUAUAUACUGAAAUAUUAAAAAAUUUGUCAUCUCUCCUUUAAUUUUCAGAAAUCAUACUAUUCUAGUAGUUCUGCUAGCAAACUUAUUUAUAAAUUGUUCAUAAUAUACAUUUGAAAGCAGGUUCUUUUCAAAUGUCCCAUAUAUUUAUCUUAUCGUGUGCCCUUCACAUAUAUUCAGCUCUUUCUCUUGUCCAUAAGUGAAAAUUUGUUAUAAAUAAAGAUACGAACCCUAAGCAUAACAUGUAUAAGCUAUCCCCCAACAAAUAAUUUAAAGCAUUUAAUGAAAAUGUGGAAAUUCACCUGGCAUCAAAAAUUUAUGGUGCUUCUCAUCAUCAUGCAACACCAACUACAAACACAAUUAGCUGCUGUACAUUUGAGUCCAAACAUGCAAAAGAUUGCAUUGUUUCAGUUUAAGCAAAGCUUGACACUUGGUUCUUCUGAUUUCUGCCCCUAUAUUUCAGGAAUUCAUUCGCAUUCAAAGACGAUAAAUUGGACCAUGAGGGCUGAUUACUGCACAUGGGAAGGGGUUACCUGUGAAGAGAAGACGAAAAAUGUAAUCGGACUUGAUCUGAGUUGCAGCCAGCUACAAGGAGCCAUACUUCCAAACAACAGCCUCUUCCAACUCUCUCAUCUCCGGUUCCUCAACCUUUCUUACAACGACUUUUCCCUCUCCAAUCAAUUCCCUCAAGAAUUCGGUUUAUUUGCAAAAGUUCUUAUGCUCGCGGACACUGGUCUACACGGAGUAGUACCCCAACAGCUUUUCCACCUCCCCAAUUUGGAACAGCUCUUUUUCUUUGAUUAAAACCUCACUGUUAUAUUACCCAAAGAUAAGUGGGGAAGUAGUGGUAGUCUUCAUCGCCUUAUUCUCAUGAACAUAAACUUACAUGGAGGUCUACCUGAUUCAAUAGGCUUCCUGGAGUCAUUAACCUUUUUGGAUAUCUCCUACUGUGACUUGUCCGGGCUGAUACCAAGAUCCAUAGGAAACCUUAGUCGACUGAUGAGAUUAGGCCUCGAUGGCAAUCACCUUCAUGGCCAAAUCCCGGUAGGUUUAGCAAACCUUACAAACCUAAGAAAUUUAUACCUUCCUUCUAACAACUUUACUGGUCCAUUCCCCUCCUGGAUUUUCCACCUUAAAGACUUCAUUUCUUUAGAUCUAGGAUCUAAUUCACUAACAGGUCAGCUUGAUGUGUUCAAUUCAUUAAAUGGAUCAUUUUCUCAACUUGUGAACCUUAUUCACCUAGACUUGUCAUCCAACAAUUUCAGUGGUGUUAUGGACCUUGAAACGUUUUCACGCCUUGAAUACCUCGAACAUCUUGAUCUUUCUCAUAACAGUCUGUUAGUGACAAGUACAGGUACGGCUACACUCCCUCCUAAGCUUCAUCACUUAGGAUUGUCAUCUUGCAAGAUGAAGAAGUUCCCACGUAUCUCUAAAGAUGUAGAGUUCUUCCUACAUAUAGAUAUAUCAGAUAAUCAAAUUGAAGGGGAAAUUCCACAUUGGAUUUCGUUGGUGAAUAGGAGCCCAAUCAGCGUACUCUUUCCUAAGACAUAUUUGAAUCUUUCUUACAACGGAUUAACAGGUGGUCUUGAGCAACUACCUUGGAAUGAGAUUCAGAUUCUUGAUCUACAAUCCAAUAUGCUGAAUGGAUCAUUGCCCAAUUUAUUCUGUAAAUCAAGGUCUCUUGAGAUUCUUAAUCUGUCGCAUAACAAUCUGAGUGGUGUACUCCCCAAUUGUUCAACGUCUAUGAGCCCGUUGUUGGUGUUUGAUCUGCGGAUGAAUAACAUUCAGGGAAACCUUCCAUCAACCUUGUCAAAUUUCCACUAUCUGGAAACUAUAAAUUUGAAUGGUAACAAAUUACAAGGAAGAAUUCCUUCUUCAUUUUCCAAGUUUGAUUAUUUACAGGUUCUUGAUCUUGGAAAUAAUCAACUACAUGAUACAUUCCCGCAAUGUUUGGAAGGUCUUCCAAAUCUCCAAGUUCUUGUACUGAAAUCAAAUAAAUUUCAUGGUAUCAUAAGCAAGAGUUCGGAGAUUGUACAUCCAUUUCCUCGCUUGAGAAUCAUUGAUCUGUCGUGCAACGAGUUUUCAGGUCCACUGCCAGCAUUGUAUUUCAAAAAUUUCAAGGCUAUGAUGAAUGGUGACAUGAAUAAAAUGAAGCUUGCCUAUAUGGAGCACAAUACCUAUUACAGUGAUUCCACGGCUCUAGUGAUUAAAGGAGUAGAGAUUGAGCUCGUAAGGAUUUUAACUAUAUUCACAACCAUUGAUGCAUCAAGGAACCACUUUGCUAUUUGGAAUAAAGUCCCUGAUUAGGGUUGGUGUAUUAUUUACAAUAUAUAAUGUCUCAGCUUUACAAGUAUGGAAAGUCCGAAACUAAUUACACAAAAUCUGGAACCUAUCAUGGAACCUAUCAUACACAGAUAAGGAAACUAUGACUGAUACAAAUAUCAAUAUAUACAUAUCUACUUGCACACUUUGAAGGGAAAAUUGAAGAAUCCAUCGGAAGCCUAGUGGCACUUAGAUAUCUCAAUUUUUCCAACAAUUAUCUGACAGGACACAUACCAUCCACGGUUGGAAAAUUGUCAAUGUUGGAGUCACUAGACCUCUCAUCCAACCGACUUGAAGGAGAAAUUCCACAGCAAAUCACUAAUAUAUAUUCACUUUCACGUCUAAAUCUGUCUUGCAACCAACUUAGUGGUCAUAUUCCACAAGGUUAUCAAUUCAAUACAUUUGAAAAUGAUAGCUAUGUUGGCAACUUGGGGCUGUGUGGAAAUCCCUUGUCCAGAGAGUGUGAACAUGAUACUGUGAUGCAAAAAGAAGGUGAAGAAGAGGAUGAUUUCUUUUUUGGUGGUUUUACUUGGCAAGCUGUGGUGAUUGGAUAUGGCUGCCGAGUGGUGCCUGCAUUUAUCAUUGGAUACUUGAUGUUGCAAGCUGGAAAACCAAGAUGGUUUUCUGGAAUUAUUGCAAGGGAAUUGGGUCUCAAAAUCAGGAGGAUGGAGGUUAGAAUGCGAUAAAUAAGAAUAUUCUAUAAUCUGUAUUUUGCGUUAAAUGUCAGUUUAUGAAUUCAGUACUAGUUAAUAAUA